UGCACCGCUCCACGCUGCUGCAGGCGGCUGGACCCCACUCCCUGCUGCCCUUUGGAGCCAGGUUAUGUGCCGCUGGUCAAAGCAAUCGCUUUGCCUGUGUUGGCGACUUGCAGGGACCGCGGUUCACGCCCAGCUGCCUCCCAGGCCCCUGGUAAGAGCGAUUCAGGAAGGUCCCAGUUUUGGAGGGCUUCUAGCAAAGCAAGUUGUUCCUGUAAAUCAGCUUUUUCUUUUGCCACGUGCAGUUCUCUGAACUGCUGCAGUUUCGCUACUGAGCUCUCUUUCUCGUCAUACAACUGGACGAUUGCAGAAGCCUCUUCCUGCUCCGCAUUUCUUCUUCUCUCUGCAAGUUUGAAUGAACUCGGCUGCCGCUGCCUCUGCUGCUGGCCAGAGCUCCCCUGCUGAAGCCCUGCCGGCUGACUCCCCGCAGACCAAGUGGAUCUUCAGGACCAGCAGUCCUGUCUGAAAACCGGCCUCUGCUACUUGCGCUACUGUUGCCUCCGAUCAAGCUCAGCCUCAACUUGCACGAGGCAAGAUGAUGAGCCCUGGUUUCACUGCUUUCUCUUUUCCACCUCAUCCUUUGUAGGUCGGGUCUCAGCAGCGCAAAGAUUUCUCCUAAGUCCUUAGAGCCGCGGGCCUCCCUCACCAUCAUGAACACCAGCACAGACUGUGUGCCCCAGGUGCUGCACCCCGCCAUCCCUGCCGUGGGGACCCUGCUUCUCCUGGGCUGUGUGCUUCUGAACGGCGUGAGCUUCUGGGUAUUCUGCUUCCGCAUCAGGAAGUGGGAUUCAGGCAUGAUCCUCCAGUUUAGCCUGGUCCUCGGAGAUGUCCUGAUCAUCCCUGCUGCUCCAUUCAGGAUUGCCUAUUUCAGCCUGGGCAACCAGUGGCCGUUUGGGCAGUUUCUCUGCCAGCUAGAAGUGUUCCUGCAUGCCACCCACGUGUACAGCAGCAUCUAUUUCCUGAUGCUCAUCUGCAUUCACCGGUACUUUGUUGUUGUACGGUACAAGAACAAAUCCUUCUGGAAGAAGAAGACCUUCUUGAGGAAGCUGUGCUUGUUUGUGUGGCUUGUCGUCUUUGUCCAAGGGCUGCCUUUCUUCUUCCUCCUCAAGACUUCACUUGUCAAUGGCUCACCAAAAUGCCUGAAUAUUCACCAGUCAGAGUUGACCUCUGUUUACUUCUCCUACAACAUGGUUGUAACUUUACUCUCUUUCCUUCUCCCCUUUGCCAUUUCCUUGGCCUUUGGUGCUCUUUUGGGAGCUGCCAUUGCUAAAACAGCAAAUAAAAGCUCCAGAGGCAAGAGGAUGAAGAAAAGAUCUUUACAGAUGAUAACAGUGUCUCUGGUGAUUUUUGCUGUCUGCUUUGGGCCUUUGCACAUCUGCAGGACCGUGGGCGUAAUUGUGAAAUACUACAGCAUGUCUUGCGAGCUCUUGCACCAAGUGGAAGUUGCCUACUAUGUCUGCUGGGUCUUCACUAUGGCAAACACCUGCCUGGAUCCCCUGAUCUAUGUAUUUGCUAAUGAGAAGUUUAAGAAGAGCUUUGCUGACUCUUUCCACAGGCACUGGGGCACAAAGCAUGAAAUGUCUGGGAACCAUUCAAGGCCUUCCCAGGGGAUCCAACAGGGUGGUUGUUUACUCUAAGAGCCAGAUCCUAAGCUUCUUCCUCGUUUUGUACUGUCCCCAGAGUCCCCGGAGCCGCUGGUGGCAAUUCAGCCUGGCAGAACUGCAAGAGUUUCAGAGUUUCUCUAUGUUUCCCCAGCAUUGCUGAGAGGUCGUUCCUGCAGGUGGGGACUCCAUGGUACACGAGAAAGCUCUGACUGCUUGCUUCUCCUGGUCAUACCCUAUAAACUGGCAGCUACACAGAGACCAGUAACUGGAUCUCCGAAGUGUAGGUUUCUUUGCACUACUGAAGUCAAAACCUGUCGGAGGCAAGGAGGAAAUGGGAAGAAUUUACAUCUGAAGUCAUAAAUCAGGAGAAAGUCCUGUGAAAAUGGCCAUCCUGCAGAAGGAAUUUCCUGCCCAUGAACAUUUUGCUGUGCUUUUUCUUUCUCAUCAGGAGCAGUGUCUCUGCGAGUGGUGAGCUGAGGACUCUGAGCUCAGCACCAAGGCACAGGGAAAUUUAACCCACUUCCAGAUGCCUGGUUUCUCCCUUGGCAGCACAGAGGUCAGCAGCUCCCCAGUCGCUGGAGUAAAUCCUGACCUGGGUGCUGCUGUGACGGGGCCCAGCUCAGUCUCACCUGUCUGCUGGCUCUUCCCAGGUGGAAGUAAAAGGUGGCAAGUGGCGAUCCGUGGAUGAGCAGCACAGAAGGGAGAUGCAUGGGUAGGGGAAAUUGCCUGGGGAAGGGUGAUGAGCCCCUGAAGCCUGGUUUUCAGAAGGUGGACAAUACCUUGUUUCAUUUUAGAAUAAAAACUCGAUCCCUGUAGAAAGUGGCCUGAUCCAGUCCCAGCAUCACCAGAGAAGGUGCUAUAAUCCUUGCUGAUCCUGACCUUGCCUUGGUGACUCGACUUCCUGGCUUGACCUUGGACCAUGUCUCACCAGUGUGGACUUGUCUGGCAACCUGGACUCUGGCUGCCCCCGGUUAUGAACCCUAGACCUUCUCUGCUCUCCUUGUUUGGGUCCUGUGGGACUGUACCGUUGGCAAGGAGGACACUACCCGUCUUGCCUCGCUGUCACCCUCACCUCCAGCUCCCCUUCCCCUGCGGAGCAGCCUACUCUUGCGGCUCCUUGACAACUACGACAUCAGUGAUGACUCAGGAAUUGUCUGAGGCUUUAAAUCUUAAACCAUGCCAGUCUCUCUGUAGGGCAAAGGUAAAAUUUACUCUGUAGGAUGCCCUGGGAAAACAGGCUAGAAGGUGGGGCUGAGAGAGGUGGUGAAGAGCUCCUUCCCCUCCCUGGUAUUUCCAGGCUGACACCAGCUGGGCCUGAGCUCUUGGGCUGUUUCUACCAGCAGAAGGAUUAUCUUCAAAAUGAUGCUGUUCAAACCCUGCUGUGGAAGAUGAUGACGAUUUUGUUAUGAAAAAUGUUGUAGUGCUCACUAUCAUGGUGUCACUGCAGGGCUUGCAGUGAGUGGAUCCAAGCUCUGCCCCUCACAGCUUUAUCAGCCUGGUAGGAACCCUGCGUUUAGUCCGUUGGAAAGGCUUGGGAAACAGGGGUGUGCAAAUGCCCUGCUCAGGAGACGGUUUCUGGUCCUUAGAAACUGGGUUGAAAGCGUGCAGGGAGCUACCUCCACCACAGUGCUGGGUGGCAGCCUGGGGAGAAAAAGGCCUCUUAGAUGAGAACAAGUGAAGGAUGCAGAAACCUGGAGACUAAAUGCGAAGCUGGCGCCUUAUUUUGUUUUGUCACUUUGCCUGGUUUGCAUGAAGUUGAAGGUGAGCAGGCCCAGAUGCCUGUCGGCUGGCUGCUCUCGUUCAACAGCCCGUACGCCUUGCAGCAGUGAACUGUGCUGCAGCACCUUCUUCUCCCUCCAGCACCCAGUGCAGACGGGUGCCUGGGCCCCAGGGAGCCCAACAGCCCUGGGACAAAUGACUACUUCUCCCUGUCUCUCUGGAGUGGUGGGAAGUGGCCGCUCUCUUCUCUGCUGCUGCCUGAGGGGAAGAAGGGAAGGAGCCCAGCGGGAGCAGAGGGAAGCGGAAGGGACUGAGCUAACGGGGACAAAACCAGUGAGCUGGGAGCUGGGCUGACUGCGAUGGAGGGGGAAGAGCUGGCAGGCAGAAGUUCUCGUGCUGGCCAGGAUGGCUGGGAACUGGGUGCUGACGGAAGGCAGGAUGAGCACAGGGAUACUGGGCUGACAUGGGAGGUGAACGGACUGGAUGGACGAAGCAGAUCGGCCCUGCAGUGUUGGGCUGAUCUGAACUGGGCAGGAGGUAACAGAUCUUUGGAGCAGCAAACAGCUAAAACAAUCUUUGCCAAAAGCUCGGGAGAGGGUGCAAUGCUUCCUGCUUUGCACAUACUUUAAGUUUUGUGGGGUUUUUGCAAUCAAAAGACAGACCAGAAAUAGAAUAUAACUUAAAAUACAUAUAUAUAUAAAAUUCUGUGGGAGAGGGGUGCCCUUGUUACCCUGAGUUUCAUGUCUGAGGACAUGAGGAGAGCAGUGCUGAAGGCUCCAAUUACGUGAGCUCCAAACUAGAUAUUCACAAGGGAAAGUGAGGUGCAAAAAUUGUUCUAAAAAGAGUGAGUGGGCAGAACUGUAAUGACAUUUCCUUUAGCGUCAUGUGCUCCAGCACUUCCCUGUGCCCUGGCUUGAUUCAUCUCUGCAUGAAACAGAACCAACCAAGCAGAAUUUGUGCUGAAUAAAUGACUCUGCACCUCUGAGCAAGUUUUCAUGUGGCCAUAGGGUGUUAUGGUGUUGCAAACUAUGGGAAAGAAGGCAACAGACCAAGCAUUAGAGAUAGGAACUAGAGUGGUAGAGAAAGGAGAUGCUCCUCUAGUUAAGGCAACAGCUUGGAAGCUCUGGGUUUAUUUUUAGACUUCGCUUUAAACUUCACGAGCACGAAAGAGGUUUCAUGUUUCGCUUCUCCAUCUCUGAAACAGGACUGAUUGUCCUUCCCUUUUCAGUCUUGCCUCUUUCCACCGAAAAUCUUCUGGGAUAGUAACUGUCUUUUGCUACUUGUAUGAACAAAGCCAGACACAGGGAGAUCUUGAUUUUGUGCAAGUUCUCUGGAGGACACUAUAAUAACUCCUGUUAUUAGUACCAUGGUGAGCACAGGGAGGUAGUUGCUGUCUCCAAGGGGGAAAUGGGUUGUAGCCGGGAUUUUUGUAAAGGUUUUGUUUCUUAGCACUCCAGUUCAGCCCUGUGAGGCCCUUGGAGGACACCAGGGCAGGCUUGCUUGGGUACCUCGGCUGUUGGAGUUGCCUCUGUGCCCACUCCUUCCCUUCUGUAAUGCAUCACUUGCUAUCUGCCAGCCUAACCCAGAAAAUACUGCAUUUACUCUUGAAUUAGAUAUAGAACAAGAAUGUAUUUAUGCUAGAAACUGGCAUCAAGAGCAGGGUAGAAGAGGUUGAGAGACUCAUGUUUUAACUUGGCCUUUCUCUAACACCUGCCCACUGGCUUCACAUGGGGGUUGUUGUGACGUUUAGUGGAAUUUGUGUCUUUAAUGUGCCUUGCAAGAUCAGACAAAAGGUGUCAUUCCCUGCUGUUAGUAACAUUGUUGUUGGAUAAAUCACAUUGCAAAAUUCAAGUAGCCUCCAAAGUCCUGCCUCAUGUAGGCAUGUGGGUGGCAUUAAACAGCAGCUUGGUUUUGGGCUCUCAGAGGUGGAAAUAUUUUUGUGUUAUUGCUUUGGUAUAUAAAGAAGGGGACAUUUGUACUUGUCCGUGGAAAAGGUGACUGUCUCUGCUGACAGCAUAGAUGAUUAGUUGCCAGCUGCCAGUAACUCAUUCAGUUGUGGGUAUUCGCCAAAGUGCCAAACAAUUUUGAAAGCUGAAGCCUCGUAUUUCAAAACCUGGCUAAGCAAGUAUCAGGGAGGAGCUGAAUCAGGAUAAUCCCUUCUUAUUCCACCAGGGAGCAUAACUCUAAUAAUUUUGAUGCUAAAUGCUUUCCAAGUCAACAUUUACCUUUCUGUUCUUUAGUAAUUGACAGUUACUAAUUCAUCCAGAACAACCGGCUUUAUAACCAACAGUUGUUCAGUCAAGUAUAGAUAUGGCAAAUGUUCAGGAACCAGAAUGUGUCUGCAUUCUUGCAAGUGAAUAUUGUAUUUUACAUUUAAAAAACAAAAUCUACAGCAAGUACCACCACAAGUCUUAUCACAUUUACUUCCUUUGAGCAGUUAUUGAUUAUUAUAGUAACUCUAAUAAAAUCAUCACAUCUCA